AUGGAGGAGCGGGAAAGUUUGGAACAAGAGCUGGAAAAUUUGGAGAAGGAGGCAGCCGAGGUAAACAAAGAGGAUGACUUGCUACAGCUGGAGAUAUUGCCGAUCAGAAUUGAGCUGCUAGAGUUGAAAAGCCAGCGUGUAAAGGGGGCGGAGCUUUGGGCGAUGUGGAACAAGAUGGACGAGUUGACCGAGACAAGGAAUAAGUUGCUCAAGAAGAGGAUAGAGUUGAUUAACAAGAAGACAGAGUUGCGUAAGAAGAAGAUAGCGGUGGAGGACAAACUUAGGGAACUCAGGAAGGCGAACCGCAAACAUCUCGAAUCUCAGCGUCAAGGUCAAGCUCCGUUAGUUGCCCAAGCUGCGACCUCAUUGUAUCUCCAUCGGGAGAUGGGGGCUUUGAGGACACCAUUGACGUCUUUGGAUGAUUUGGAUGAUUUGGAUGAUGCGGCUCCUGCUGCUGAUGGUGCUCCCAAGAAACUGGAUCUUGACGUCGAACCUAGCAUUUGA